UUUCUUUUUUCCUUUUCCCUUCCCCUUUUCCUUCCCUGCUGUCUGAGUUCCUCUCUCCUCCCCUCCAGGGCUGAUCUCAGAAUUUGGAGAAGCAGAACUGGAACAACCCAAAGGGAAUUCCCUGAUCCUGGAGUGGGGAUGGAGCAGGGAAAUCAUCACCAGCAGAAAAGCAGCACUGAGCAGGAUUUUGGGGCUGUGAUCAUGACCUGGAGACCCUUCCCAGCUUUCCUGUCCAGAAAAGGACCAGGAUGAAGUGUCAGGAAUGGGAAGUUCCACAUCCCCCUGGCACAGCUCUAAUCCCAGGAUGUUCCCAAGAAUCCUCCAGUUCCCAGCUUGGGACGUUAAUCUAGCACCAAGCAGAGGCUUAUCCAAACAGGGAAUCUUCUGGGUGAUUUCAAACUAAACCUGAUAAAUCCUUCAUGAGAGAAAAAAGGGAUUUCAUCUGGAAGGAUGCAGGGAGGGAUGACAGCUCUGGAGCUCACAUCUUCAUCUGCUCCUGGAUUUGCUGCUGUUCCCACUGGAUUUUUUCCCUGCUGGUGGAGAAAUCCCAGCCUGGGGACCAUUCCUGCUCCUGGCUCUGGUGGGAGCUGGGGUUUGCUGCUGGAUCCUGGGGAUUUGUGGGGUGUCCCCAGAGGGAAGCAGGGACUGUGUUUGGUUGGCUCUGGGGUGAUCCCAGUGGCUCUGUGACCCUGCCAGGUGACAAAUGGGGACACCUGCCCAGUCCCCAUCCACGCCCAGCCCUCUAUUCCCAAAUCUGGGAGGGGCAGGAUGGGAAAGGGACCAAAUUUGGUGACAAGGACAUUCCUGUCACCGCUCUGGUGCCGCAUCUCAGCUCCUCAUCCACAUCUCCGACCUCUCCAGCUUUUUAUUCCCAGCCCUCCCCUCCUUCCUCUCCCUCUCCGAGCCCCCCCAGCUCCUCUUUGAUCUCCAGGAAGCCCCUUCCUGCCUCCCAACCCUCUGGAAUGCUCAUUAAAGCAGACGAGGCCGCCUUUGAUCGCAGCCCCGGCCUCUCCUUUCAUCCCUGCUCCGAGCUGGAGCCCGGAGCUGCUCCUCAGCUCCCCGGGGAGAGCUGGGGGAUCCCGGCCCUUGGGGAGCCCAGGAGGGUCGGGGUGAACCCCUGGAGCUCAGCAGGAGCUGGAAAAGUUGGAUUUGGGGAGUUUGGUGAGGAUGCACAGAGGUGGUGCUGGAAAAUAGGAAAGGGAAAGAUAAAAAUGAUCCCAGGGAGAAAAAGGGGAAAGGUUGGGAAGCAAAGGGGGCCAAGGGCAGCUCCAUCACGGGAAAAGCUCCUCAGGCCUUUGGGGGGAUGGGUGUGGGAUGGAUAAUCAGGAUUAAUUAAUUCACUCGUUAAUCAUGUCCCUGUUCACGGCCCUGGGUUGGGCUCUGGGAGCUCCCUGCUCCGA